UUCACGCACGUUGACUGAGGGGCAGCGGUCCUUUCCCUGCGCUAGAGGCCACACCAAGCGCUGCUUGCCUUUCUCCGUCCACACACAACGCCUCUCUCUCUUCCUCUCUGCUACCAUGACAGCCACCCGCUGGGGGAUCUGCUCUGCUGGCAAGAUUAGCCACGAUUUCCUGGUGGCUCUGAAGACUCUGCCGCCAGAGGACCACAAGGUGGUGGCCAUUGCUUCUCGUGAGCUGAGCCGGGUACAGGAAUAUGCCAAGAACCACAGCAUCCCCAAGGCCUAUGGCUCUUAUGCAGAACUGGCUCAGGAUCCGGACGCUGAUGUGGUGUAUGUGGGAGUGGUGCACCCCCACCACCUGCCAGCCACCCUCCUUUUCAUCCAGGCUGGGAAGAAUGUGCUCUGCGAGAAGCCCCUGGGCAUGAACGCUGCAGAGGUCAAGAAGAUGGUGCAGGCAGCUCGGGAAAAGGAGGUCUUCCUCAUGGAGGCUUGCUGGACCCGUUUCUUCCCUGCAUUGGAGAAGAUCCGCUCUCUGCUCGAUCAAAGGACUGUCGGGGAAGUGUUAGUGGUUCAAGCCGAGUUUGGUGUCCCUCUCCUAACUGUCCCCAGGGCUGUGAAGAAAGAUCUUGGUGGAGGCGCCUUACUGGAUAUUGGUAUCUACUGUGUUCAGCUGGCCUGCAUGGUUUUUGAUGGGGAGAAGCCAGAGUCCAUUGUGGCCUCGGGGUUCUUGCAUGAGACAGAUGUAGAUAAAACAGCUUCAAUCAUCCUGAACUACUCUGGCCAACGCCAAGCUGUCCUCACUUAUACCAUGAUGACCUGGAUGCCCAACAAAGCCAGCAUCAUUGGCCCCAAGGGGAUAAUCGAGAUUCCCAGUCCCUUCUGGUGCCCAGAAGAGUUGGUUGUCAAUGGACAGAAGGAAGAGUUUCCUCUUCCUCAUCCUUCCCAAAAACUGUACUUCGUCAACUCCACUGGCCUGUGCUAUGAAGCAGAACACGUCAGGCAAUGUCUCCUUCAAGGCCUGAAGGAGAGCCCCAUCAUGUCUCAUGGAGACAGCGAGCUUCUCCACUCUAUCCUGGAUGAAGUCCGUAGGCAGCUUGGGGUGUCCUAUCCUCAGGACCAGACAUGACCCAUUCCAGGCUUGAUUUCAGUGGCCUCGCUCAUACAUGCGAGGCGGCAGCUAAACCAGAUUUUACUAUUAAAAACUCUAGUCUGGUGGGUGGAUUUGCAACAAAUGUUGAUUGUAAGCUUUGGAAUAAAAUGUAGUUAGAUGCGAA